GAAGGGAGGCGGGGGCGCCGCUGGGCGAGCAUCCUGCAUCCGAAAGGUGAGAGCCCCGAGCCCGAAGAGGAGGAGGAGGAGGAGGGGGCGGGCAGGCCACGACCAUGUCCUCGGCCGUGGGGCCCCGCGGUGCUCGCCCACCCACCGUGCCUCCCCCCAUGCAAGAGCUGCCCGACCUGAGCCACCUGACCGAGGAGGAGAGGAACAUUAUCAUGGCAGUGAUGGACCGGCAGAAGGAAGAGGAGGAAAAAGAAGAAGCCAUGCUCAAGUGUGUUGUCAGGGACAUGGCGAAGCCUGCUGCCUGCAAAACACCAAGAAAUGCUGAAAACCAACCCCACCAACCUUCACCGAGAUUGCAUCAACAAUUUGAAAGCUACAAGGAACAAGUGAGAAAAAUAGGGGAAGAAGCACGGCGUUACCAGGGCGAACACAAAGACGAUGCUCCGACUUGUGGCAUCUGUCGCAAAACCAAGUUUGCCGAUGGGUGCGGCCACCUCUGCUCCUACUGCCGCACCAAGUUCUGCGCCCGCUGCGGAGGCCGCGUGUCUCUGCGGUCCAACAACGAGGACAAAGUGGUUAUGUGGGUAUGCAAUUUAUGUCGAAAGCAACAAGAAAUCUUAACCAAGUCUGGGGCCUGGUUCUUUGGAAGUGGCCCUCAGCAGCCCAGUCAGGAUGGAACCCUGAGUGACACGGCUACAGGUGCUGGCUCUGAGGUGCCCAGAGAAAAGAAAGUGCGGCUCCAGGAGCGAUCCCGGUCUCAGACCCCCCUAAGCACCGCAGCUGCCUCCACCCAGGACACCGCUCCUCCCAGUGCACAACCAGACAGGAGCAAGGGGGCUGAGCCCUCCCAGCAAGCCAUGGGGCCAGAACAGAAGCAGGCUGCAUCCAGGUCUAGAAGUGAACCUCCAAGAGAGAGGAAGAAGACGCCGGGGCUCCCCGACCAGAAUGGCAAAGGCGCCCCUAAGAGCGAUCGGAGACGCGCGCCCAAGGCCUCCGCGCCGCCCGGGGAGGCGGCCUCGGAGGAUGGGGAGCGGAGGGAAAGGCGGGAGAGCCGGCGGCUGGAGAAAGGCCGCUCCCAGGACUACUCGGACCUGCACCUGCAGGGGAAACGCGAGGAGGGCACCGCAGCAGCCGAGGCGAAGCCCAGGAGCGAGGAGUACCAGAGCCGGUAUCGCAGCGACCCCAACCUGGCGCGGUACCCGGUGACGGCGCCGCCGGAGGAGCAGCAGAUGCGCAUGCACGCCCGCGUGUCCCGCGCCCGGCACGAGCGGCGCCACAGCGACGUGGCGCUCCCGCACACCGAGGCCGCCGGCCCCGCGGGCAAGGCGGGCCCCGAGGGCAAGGCGGGCCCGCGCGCCCCCGCCGCGCCCCGGCCCGGGCCGCCCGCCGCGCCGCGGACCCAGCCGGCCGAGAGGACGGCGGAGGCCCGGGCGCCGGCGCCGGGCGCCAAGCCGCUGGCGAAGAACCCCAGCCCGCCGGCGGCGCCCCGGCAUGGGCCGGCCCCCGCGCCCGCAGCCGCGGAGCCCCGAGCGCCGGAGCCGCUCCGCAAGCAGAGCCGCCUGGACCCCAGCUCGGCGGCCGUGCUGGUGCGCAAGGCCAAGCGCGAGAAGGCGGAGACCAUGCUGCGCAACGACUCGCUCAGCUCCGACCAGUCCGAGUCGGUGCGGCCGUCCCCGCCCAAGCCGCACCGGCCCAAGCGCGGCGGCAAGCGGCGGCAGAUGUCGGUGAGCAGCUCGGAGGAGGAGGGCGUGUCCACGCCGGAGUACACGAGCUGCGAGGACGUGGAGCUGGAGAGCGAGAGCGUCAGCGAGAAAGGUGACUUGGAUUAUUACUGGCUGGAUCCUGCCACGUGGCAUAGUCGGGAAACAUCACCAAUUAGUUCGCAUCCUGUAACGUGGCAGCCAUCUAAAGAGGGGGACCGAUUAAUUGGACGUGUUAUUCUUAACAAGAGAACAACUAUGCCCAAAGAAUCAGGUGCAUUACUGGGCCUGAAAGUUGUUGGAGGAAAAAUGACUGACUUAGGACGCCUUGGUGCCUUCAUCACCAAAGUAAAGAAGGGUAGCCUUGCAGAUGUAGUUGGACAUUUAAGAGCAGGGGAUGAAGUUCUAGAAUGGAAUGGUAAACCCCUGCCGGGAGCUACAAAUGAAGAAGUUUACAACAUUAUUUUAGAAUCAAAAUCAGAACCUCAAGUUGAAAUUAUUGUUUCAAGGCCUAUUGGUGACAUUCCCAGGAUUCCUGAGAGCUCCCACCCUCCCCUGGAAUCCAGUUCAAGUUCUUUUGAAUCUCAGAAGAUGGAAAGGCCUUCCAUUUCUGUUAUUUCUCCAACAAGUCCUGGAGCUCUAAAAGAUGCCCCGCAAGUCUUACCAGGACAACUUUCUGUGAAACUGUGGUAUGAUAAAGUGGGACACCAGCUGAUUGUAAAUGUUCUACAAGCAACAGAUCUACCUUCUAGAGUAGAUGGGCGACCCAGGAAUCCCUAUGUAAAAAUGUAUUUUCUUCCAGAUAGAAGUGAUAAAAGUAAGAGGAGGACCAAAACUGUAAAGAAAGUACUAGAACCAAAAUGGAAUCAAACUUUUGUCUACUCACAUGUACAUCGUAGAGAUUUUAGAGAACGAAUGUUAGAAAUAACUGUGUGGGAUCAACCAAGAGUGCAAGAAGAAGAGAGCGAAUUUCUCGGAGAGAUCCUCAUAGAAUUGGAGACAGCACUUUUAGACGAUGAGCCACAUUGGUAUAAACUGCAGACCCAUGAUGAAUCUUCACUACCUCUGCCUCAGCCAUCACCUUUCAUGCCAAGGCGACACGUUCAUGGAGAAAGCUCCAGCAAAAAACUACAAAGAUCUCAGCGAAUCAGUGACAGUGACAUCUCAGAUUAUGAGGUGGAUGAUGGUAUUGGAGUAGUGCCUCCAGUAGGUUAUAGGUCUAGUGCUAGAGAAAGUAAAUCUACAACAUUAACUGUGCCAGAGCAGCAAAGAACAACCCAUCACCGCUCACGCUCAGUAUCUCCUCACCGCGGCGAUGAUCAGGGAAGGCCGCGUUCACGUUUACCAAAUGUGCCAUUACAGAGGAGUUUAGAUGAAAUUCACCCAACAAGAAGGUCACGUUCUCCAACCAGACACCAUGAUGCCUCUAGAAGUCCAAUUGAUCACAGAGCCAGAGAUGUGGAUAGUCAGUAUUUAUCUGAACAAGACAGUGAGCUUCUUAUGCUGCCCAGAGCAAAACGAGGACGAAGUGCAGAAUGCCUACAUACUACCAGUGAACUGCAGCCCUCCCUUGACAGGGCUAGGAGUGCUAGUACCAACUGCUUGAGACCAGAUACUAGUUUGCAUUCACCAGAACGAGAAAGGGGUAGAUGGUCCCCUUCCCUAGAUAGGAGACGACCUCCUAGUCCCAGGAUUCAAAUCCAGCAUGCUUCUCCGGAGAAUGACAGGCACUCCAGAAAAUCUGAAAGAUCUAGCCUCCAAAAACAGACUAGGAAAGGCAUUGCUGCUGAUGCAGAAAGGGUUCUCCCACCAUGUCUUUCUAGAAGGGGAUACGCAGCCCCAAGAGCGACUGAUCAGCCAGUCCUUAGGGGAAAACAUCCCGCUCGCUCGAGGUCGAGUGAGCACUCUAGUGUCAGAACCCUGUGUUCUGCCCACCACCUUGGCCCCGGAGGGUCGGCGCCACCUUCUCCGCUUCUGACCAGGACACACCGACAAGGAAGUCCAUCCCACUCUCCUCCUGCGGACACUUCCUUCAGCAGCCGGAGGGGCAGACAGCUCCCACAAGUGCCAGUGAGAAGCGGCAGUAUAGAACAAGAACAAGAAAAAUAUAACUCUUCCACAAAAGCAAGCUUAGUAGUGGAGGAGCGAACAAGACAGAUGAAAAUGAAAGUGCAUCGAUUUAAGCAGACAACAGGGUCUGGUUCUAGUCAAGAACUUGAUCGCGAGCAAUAUUCCAAGUAUAGCAUACAUAAAGAUCAGUACAGAAGCUGUGAUAACGUCUCUGCCAAAUCAUCAGAUAGUGAUGUCAGUGACGUGUCCGCCAUUUCCAGAACCAGCAGUGCCUCGCGCCUCAGCAGCACAAGCUUUAUGUCAGAGCAGUCUGAGCGCCCCAGGGGUAGAAUCAGUUCAUUUACCCCUAAAAUGCAAGGCAGACGGAUGGGGACUUCAGGAAGAGCCAUCACGAAGAGCACCAGUGUGAGUGGAGAGAUGUACACACUGGAGCAUAAUGAUGGCAGCCAGUCGGACACGGCCGUGGGGACCGUGGGAGCAGGUGGGAAGAAACGGAGGUCCAGCCUGAGCGCCAAGGUGGUCGCCAUAGUGUCCCGACGGAGUAGAAGCACAUCCCAACUAAGCCAAACAGAGUCGGGCCACAAGAAGUUAAAAAGCACCAUCCAGAGAAGCACAGAAACGGGCAUGGCAGCCGAGAUGAGGAAGAUGGUGAGACAGCCAAGUCGAGAGUCUACUGAUGGCAGCAUCAACAGCUACAGCUCCGAGGGAAACUUAAUAUUUCCUGGAGUGAGAUUAGGAGCGGACAGUCAAUUUAGUGAUUUUCUCGAUGGGCUGGGACCAGCCCAGCUUGUUGGCCGCCAAACCCUCGCCACCCCUGCAAUGGGCGAUAUACAAAUUGGGAUGGAGGAUAAGAAGGGCCAGUUAGAAGUGGAAGUGAUCAGAGCACGAAGUCUCACACAAAAACCUGGCUCCAAAUCCACACCUGCUCCCUAUGUCAAGGUGUAUCUUUUGGAAAACGGGGCCUGUAUAGCCAAGAAGAAGACAAGAAUUGCACGGAAAACCCUUGAUCCUUUGUAUCAGCAGUCCCUGCUGUUUGAUGAAAGUCCGCAGGGUAAAGUUCUUCAGGUGAUUGUCUGGGGAGACUAUGGAAGAAUGGACCAUAAAUGCUUUAUGGGUGUGGCCCAGAUCUUAUUGGAAGAACUUGAUCUGUCCAGUAUGGUAAUCGGAUGGUACAAAUUAUUCCCACCGUCAUCGUUGGUGGAUCCCACACUCACUCCCCUAACCCGCCGGGCUUCCCAAUCAUCUCUGGAAAGUUCAACUGGGCCUCCCUGCAUUCGAUCGUAGUGAACUCAUACUAGAGUCAUUCCAAUAAAGCUCUAUCUUUCAGGAUAAUAAUCGGAACCAGAUAUUUCAUGAGCAAAAGCAUUGUUGGAGACAGACAAUCAACUUGUGCUUUGCCUGUAGUAGUUUUCAAUAAUGUGUCCCAACUGUUGUUUCAAAUCUGGCUUCAUAUGACAGAACAAGGCAGUGAAUCAGAUUACAGUAAGAACCAACAAGCUAGUGAGAACCACUGAUGCUUCUAAUAGAAAAAGAAGAAACCACAUUUACACACACACACACACACACACACACACACAAGCACGCACGCACGCACACACGCCCACACGCACGCACCCCAAAUUGAACAAACUGGAAACUCUCACUCUGUGAUAAAUAGUAUUUUACACGUUUUCACACAGACCACGAGCAGUGUUAUUUCCCUGAUGUUCGAUGAGUUCGUUUUUCUGUGUUUUGUUUCUGUGUGUGUGAUUUGUUGCUUUUGGAUUUGUUUUGUUUCGUUUUUCACUGAGUUUGUUAUUUACACUAGUUUUCGGCUGUGUCAUGACAGGCCUCGUGAUGCUUACAGAGACCCUUCCUUUCUUUUUCCAAACUCGCCACAAAAAGGGCUGAAGCAGCCUCUGUAGCAUCUCCCCUACAUGCUCAACAGCUGGACAAGGCAAGGCCCGAAGGGCUCCACUGGUUUUCAUGCUAUAAUUUUUCAGUCUGAUGUGUGGAAACCCAGAAAUUUUCCAAAAAAUAGUCCCUGAAUUACCGUGUUUAAUGGAGAGCACAUCUGUUUGAGUUCUAAAAAUUUACUUUCUUUUCCAUUGUUCUGCAUGGAAGACUUUUAAAGAAGUCAAUCUGCAACUAGUGCUGGGAACUAAAAUUAGCUGCAUAAUCAUACCUUGGAAACUCUCCUUGUAAUGCCUUUUUCUUUCUGAUACUAAAAAGAAAAAGUACAUACUCAUGUGUAUAGACCACACUUUUGACUUCCCCAAAUGGUGAUUAAAACGGACUUGGGUCCAAGGUACUUCGGCCACACCCGGGCUCCUCGGCUGUGCCUCAGUGCAGACACACUCGUCCACUCGGAAAGAGCAUAGUGUGAGCUGUUCAGUAUUUCACUGGAAAUUCCAGUUGAACUAUUCUGCACUAAACUAAUGUUUUUAUCAAAUUUUAGUUUACCUUUCUCUGAGAUCGAUGCAAGCACAAAGCUCUCUCUUUUUUUUUUUAAUGCAAAGUAUAUUACUUUUUGGGGGGGGAGGGGAGAGAUGAAACAAAGUCAAAUUUCAAUGUGCAUUUUCUUCAUCUGAGUUUUUCUUGGCCUUGACUUUCCCUUGUGGCAUUCUGUGUGUGUGUUCCAUACUGCUGACGCUGCAGGUGCAUUGACAUGUUCUUCUCAUUUUAUGAGUCAUUCAAUUUUUGUGACUACACAGAUAGAGCAGCAUGACUUGGAACUGUUCAACGCUGCAUGCACAUUUUGUAAAAAAAAAAUUAAAUAAAAUAAAUAAAAAAUGAAAAAGAAAAGAAACAAAAGGUUAUUUAAUAAUGUAUGUUAGUUCCACAUAGGCCCGCUUGUAUGUUGCAUGUACUUGUACAGUUUGCUCGUUAAUUACUAUAUUGAAAUAACCAAGAAAUCUAAGCCAUCCAUUUUUGUUAUAGACAUUUUGCAGGUUUCCACCAGACUCGAUCUGGAGCCUGGGGUGAAAUGUCUAUAGAUGGACUUUAUUUUUUACCCUCUGGAAAACGUGAUGUAGUAUGGACCAAAUUCCUUCUAAUAAAUAUUUUGGUGUAGAUUCUUACUGUGGGGCUGUAACACAUGUAGACACUGUGUACACACUAGGUUUUAAUCCAUAGACAUACUGCCUGCACCAAGUGAAUUCUUUAUCAUUAUUUACACAUGCCAGAAUUAUCUGCCCAUCAUUCCACAGGGCACAGACUGACCACUAAUCACCAUGCUGAGCAGGAAGAACUGAAGCAUUGGUGCACUUCUACUAGAUUCCGUUCUGUCUUAGUGGCCAACAAUCAACUAAUUGGGUAGUAUCUUUCUAUUUUGACCACUUGUCUUAACACACUCCCCUGUGCUUUUAAAUGAACUUCCAACUCAUGUAUGUAAACAUGUUUAAUAAAAUUUACUUUUCAUGUCAGUCGGUAGCUAUCUGUGUUCUAUGUUUUGCCCAGAUAUCCACUGUGGGUUCUAUGGUGCAAAAUGGGAGCCAGAUCAUGGGAAGGGGAGGUUGGGAUUUGUUGUCUGCUGCGGGCAUUUGACUUGACUUGUCACUGCACUAUCUAUGUCUUAAUCUAUGGCCCAAAGGGUACUUUGCAUCACGUACAAGUUUUCACUUUGUCAGCCUGUCUAAGUGAGCACAUGACUAUACUUCUGAAAAGUGGCAUUAUUAAAAAACAAUAAAUCUCAUGAGAAUAAAA